UGGCGCCGUGGGAGGGAGGGAGCGGACGGGCGGGCGGGCCAGGCCGUGGCGGUCUGCAUGCACGCUAGGAGCCUAGCUGUUGGCGGGUUGAGUGGACGCUGCCGGGCGCCUAGCCGGCCACCCCCGCCUGUGAGGCGAGGCGAGGCGAGGCGAGGCGCGGCGCGGCGCGGGCCUUGCCGGCGGAAGGCGGGCUGGUCUAGGCCAGGCGGUGCCCCGCUGCCCCUGCUCUGUGGCUCGCGUGGAGAGGACGGGUCAUGAGCGGGUCGUUGCUGCGAGGCGUGCGGCUGUGCUUCGCCCGCCCGCCCUUUCUGCCUCUUCUAGCCUCAGAGGGACUCCAGAGGCAGGUCUGGCUGGCAUACAGCACCAAGGAAGAGAACACUGCAAGGUCUGUUGGGCGGUACCCAGUGCCCAACAAGAAGGACAUGCCAUACGACAUCGUGGAGCUCAUGGAGGAAGUAGAAAGGAAGACUGGAUUUCUGCCCAAUGUGUUCAAAGCCAUGUCUCAUCGACCUGCUGAAUUCAGAGCUUUUUUUGCUUAUUACAACACCAUUAUGAACAAAGACACAGGACGACUCAGCAAGGCAGACAAAGAGCUCAUAAUUGUGGCUACAAGUGUCGUGAACAGAUGUCCUUACUGUGUGAUUGCACAUGGAGCACUUCAUCGGAUAUAUUCCAAGCAGCCAGCAUUGGCUGACCAGGUCACUGUGAACUGGCAACUGGCUGACCUAAGUGACCGGGACCUGGCAAUGCUGGAGUUUGCUCUUGCAGUCUGUCGAGCUGAUAAUAUCACUGAAGAGCAUUUCCAGAAGCUGGAGAGGCAUGGUUUUGACCGUGAAGAUGCCUGGGACAUAGGCAUGAUUUCUGCUUUUUUUGCUAUGUCUAAUCGCAUAGCUCAUUAUAUUGACCUGCGCCCAAACAAGGAAUUCUACACAAUGGGCAGGAUGCUGCAUGGAGAGAAGGAGGAGGAAGAAGCUUAGCAUGCCUAACAUGGCCCCCUGAUGCCAAUGCAUCAGAAAGAUUGAUCAAGCUCUUAGUUCUCAA